AUGCUCCUUGCUUGGUUACUCUAUCCCGUACUUGCACUGGGAAGUGCUCUUCCCGAGAAGAAGACAGAUGUUUCCACGUACACAAACCCAGUUCUUCCAGGAUGGCACUCUGACCCGUCGUGCAUCCAGAAAGAUGGCCUGUUCCUCUGCGUCACAUCAACUUUCAUCUCUUUCCCCGGCCUGCCCAUCUAUGCCUCUAAGGACCUGAUCAACUGGCGUCUUAUCAGCCAUGUGUGGAACCGCGAGAAGCAACUUCCAGGAAUCAGCUGGAAAACUCAGGGACAGCAGGAGGGAAUGUAUGCCGCGACUAUUCGAUUUCACAAGGGCUUUUACUAUGUCAUCUGCGAGUAUCUAGGUGUUGGAGAUAUCAUUGGUGUCAUCUUCAAGAGUAAAACCCCCUUUGAUCAAGAUAGCUGGAGUGACCCAGUCACCUUCAAGCCAACUCAUAUUGACCCCGACUUGUUCUGGGACGACGAUGGAAAGGUUUACUGUGCUACUCAUGGUGUUACUCUCCAGGAAAUCAAUCUCGAGACGGGCAAGCUCGGCCCUGAGAUGAACAUCUGGAACGGAACUGGUGGUGUAUGGCCUGAAGGACCUCAUAUCUACAAACGUGAUGGUUACUACUAUCUCAUGAUUGCCGAGGGUGGAACAGGCGAAGACCACGCAAUCACCAUCGCCCGAGCACGCAAGAUCACAGGCCCGUACGAAGGUUACAAGAACAACCCCAUUCUUACCAACCGCGGUACCUCAGAAUACUUCCAGACGGUAGGCCACGGCGACUUAUUCCAAGAUACCAAGGGCAACUGGUGGGGUCUCUGUCUCGCCACCCGCUUAGGAAAAUCUGGAGUAGCUCCCAUGGGUCGCGAAGCUGUUCUCUUCAACGCUACAUGGGAGAAGGGCGAGUGGCCCGUUUUACAGCCAGUUCGAGGCCGUAUGCCUGGUAACCUGUUACCAAAGUCUACGCGAAAUGUUCCGGGCAAAGGACCUUUCAACUCUGACCCGGACAACUACAAUCUUAAGAAAACAAAAGAAAUCCCCCCGCACUUUGUCCACCACAGAGUUCCAAGAGAGGGCACCUUCAGUCUGUCUUCAAAGGGUAUGCACAUCGUACCAAGCCGGAAUAACGUCACUGGUAGCUUGCUAUCUGGAGACGAGAUCGAGCUAUCCGGACAGCGAGGGUUAGCCUUCAUUGGUCGUCGUCAGACAGAUACUCUUUUCAAAUACAGUAUCGACCUUGACUUUGCCCCAAAGAAGGACCACCAGGAGGCUGGCAUUACCAUCUUCCGCACCCAGUUCGAUCAUAUCGACCUGGGCAUCGUCCGCCUACCACCCAAGGAGGGAGGCAACAAGAAAUCCAAACUAGCCUUCCGUUUCAGAGCAAUGGGACCAAAGGAUGUACCUAAGCCAAAGAUUGUACCUGUCCCGUCCGGAUGGGAAAAGGGUGGAAUCGGCCUGCAUAUUGAGACAGUCAAUGCGACGCACUACAACUUCAAAGCUUCAACUGACCAAGGAGGGAAGAAACUCGAGAUUGCAACAGCCUCCGCAAGUCUAGUAAGUGGAGGGAUGGGAUCGUUCGUGGGUAGUUUGGUCGGAGCUUAUGCUACCUGCAACGGCGAGGGUUCAGGAUUGGAUUGUCCUAAGGGAGGUGAUGCCUAUGUCAGCAAAUGGACCUACAAGCCUGUUGCUCAGGAAAUUGACUUUGGUGUGUUUGUCUGA